CACCCUCCCCUCCCAAAACCCUAGCCAAACAGAAUCAGAACUGAAUUUGGACCAAAUGAGACGUUCUACAGCUCUACUCCUCCAGUGAAGGAAGCUCCCAAUCAAUGGCUUCCCAAAUGGCGAUCCUCACUCGCACCCGAGCCUUAAUCAAGACCACCACUAUUACCGACUCCAACCUCUUCUUCAAGACCAUCUCAACCUUCACAUUUCUCUCCCAGGAGCCCCAGCUCGCCGAGUCGACUCACUCUGAACCACCCUCAGCCUCUAGCCCACUCCCUCCCAACCCGGCCUCGGGAAGUCCUCUCUACAACGAGAACUGGCGGAGCCCGAUCCCCAAUACCUCCCUGACUCAGUCCCUAAUUCCCCUGGGUUUUCUCCAACAAUCCCCGACCUCUCGCAUGCAGGCCCUGUCUCAAACCCUUGACGUUCACAGCUUGAUGAAUGUAUUCGCUGACUGGAUGACCUCCCAGCGCUGGGACGAUAUGAAGCAACUCUUCGAGUUCUGGAUUCGGUCCUUGGACAAGACCGGCAAGCCCAACAAGCCCGAUGUCAAUCUCUACAACCAUUACUUGAGGGCCAACUUGAUGAACAACGCCACGGCCGGCGAGUUGCUCGACCUCGUCGCCCAGAUGGAGGACUAUGCGGUCCUUCCCAACACGGCCUCGUUCAACUUGGUCCUCAAAGCCAUGUACAAGGCCAAGGAGACCGUGGCGGCUACCAAAUUGCUCGAACGGAUGCUGCAGACAGGGAAAGAAUCUAUGCCUGAUAAUGAGUCAUACGACUUGGUUGUUGGCAUGCUAUUUUUGACGGACAAGAUUGAUGCUUCUUUAAAAUAUUUAGAUGUGGCUUUAAAAUCUGGUUAUAUGUUGUCAACGAAGGUCUUUACUGAAUGCGUGCGGAGCUGUGUUAAUGAGGGCAGGCUAGAUACAUUGGUGUCAAUCAUUGAGAGGUGCAAGGCAAUGGAUCAGAACAGAGCUCUUUGUCCUUCCUGGAACUUGUGUAACUAUAUUGCAGAAAUUGCAAUGCAAGAAGAUAAUAGCAAGUUAGCAUACUAUGCCCUGGAAUUUAUGGCCAAAUGGAUUGCUCGGGGUGAGCAAGUGAGGCCAGCUGUUCUGCUUUCUGUAGAUCAAGGAUUAGUAUUGUCGGCACUGGGAACUGCUGGUAGAACCUACAGCGCCUCUCUCCUAGAUGCAUCAUGGGCAAUCUUACGACGCUCUUUGCGUGAAAAGAAGGCCCCUAACCCAGCAUCUUACCUUGGGAAGAUAUAUGCCCUUGCAUCAUUGGGAAAUCUGCAGAGGGCUUUUAGUACCCUAAAUGAAUUUGAGUCAACGUACGGCAAUCCCAAUAAAGAAGCAGAACAAGAAAUGUUCUCUCCCUUCACCUCUUUAAAUCCAUUGGUCACGGCAUGCUCUGAAAAGGGUUUUGAGACUUUGGACUCGGUAUAUUUUCAACUGGAAAACUUGAACCGUGGAGAUCCUCCUUACAAGUCUGUUGCUGCUCUAAAUUGCAUAAUUGUAGGUUGUGCAAAUAUAUGGGACCUUGAUCGCGCCUACCAGACUUUCGAGGCAAUUGGUUCCACUUUUGGACUGACCCCUGAUAUUCAUUCAUACAAUGGUCUGAUGCAUGCAUUUGGCAGACUCAAGAAGACAUUUGAAGCUUCAAGAGUGUUUGAGCACUUAGUAAGUUUGGGUGUUAAACCAAAUGCAAUGUCAUAUUCAUUGCUUGUUGAUGCUCAUCUCAUCAACCGAGAUCCAAAAGCUGCUCUCUCUGUGAUCGACGAGAUGGUAACUGCUGGAUUUGUACCAUCGAAAGAAACACUUAAAAAGGUCCGAAGGCGUUGUAUUCGUGAGAUGGACUAUGAGCAGGAUGACCAGGUACAGGCCCUGGCUAGAAAGUUCAAGAUUCGAAUGGGUGCAGAGACUCGCAGGGACAUGCUGUUUAAUCUCGAGUACAACACCGGUUUCGUCAGAUAGAUCUGCCUCUUUUUGGUCUGGAAAAUCUCAGUGCUAAAAAUUUGGUCGCCAAAUUUACAAAGUUGUCUAGCUUCUCUCUCAAUGAGAUUUCAUGCUUUGUAAAUUAUCAGAUAGUUCUCAGAUUUUGAGUCAUGGCAUGAUUUGUUGGAAUCAAAGUGCCCUACAGCAUCAUUUAUACUUCUAUGUAUUCUUUCCAUGCUUUCUGAAAAAAAAUGUAGAAAUUCUAGAGGGCACUGACUUGCUAAACGAGAGAGUUUUGAAUGUUGAAGAAUAAUUUAAGAGAAAA